AACCCCCUAAUCGUGGUCAGUGAUUUGAAAUCGAUCAAUUUGUUGCGUUAGAGAGCAUUCAGUCCUUCUCGGAAAACAAAAUAUCACCAAUAAUGAAACUGUUCAUGGUUCUCGCCGCUGUUCUAGCCGUCGCUCUGGCUGCCCCUCCUCAGGACGAACGGGACGCCCACAUCACCAAGUACGAGAACGAUAAUUUGGGACUCGAUGGAUACCGAUUCCAGUUCGACACCAGCAAUAGGCUGCAGCGACAGGAGGAAGCUCAGCUGAAGAACUUCGGAGACGAUGUCAGUGCGCUGGUGGUCCGAGGAUCUUACUCCUACACUGGUGAUGAUGGCCAGGUGUACACCGUGAACUACAUUGCCGAUGAGAACGGAUUCCAACCGGAAGCUGCCCAUAUUCCACGGGCUUGAAGCGUCCGUCGGAGAUCGUUCUAGUCAAUUGAUAGCCUAGUGUUAUUGAGUGUGUUUUGUGGAUUAUGUUACGAUUUUAUUGAUAAAUAUAGUGAGAUUUUGAAAAACUUAAA